AUGGCGGCGUAAACAACGCCACCAGUGUGAUUCUCCCAGUCGGCUCUCAACCAUAAAGUUACCCAAACUAAAUAUAUGUGUAUAAAACAAGACUAUGACUACGACACUCGGUAUAUAUGCUCCUGCUUCACAAAUGUACCACAACCCGUUAGAAGUUGUCUGCUAGUUGGAAAGGAGCGAGAGAAAUGGACUGCGUUGUGACGGGCGGAAAUGUAAAAGUGUUCGCCAAAGCCAUCCACUCGCUGUCCAGGGUCGGCGAUGAGCUGUACGUGGAGCCCGAGGACAAGGGGCUUGCCCUGCGGUCUGUCAACUCAUCUCGGUCGGCUUACGCCUGCUUCCUGUUCACGCCGCUCUUCUUCAGCAGAUACACCACACCCGGCGGGGAUGUCUUCCGCUGCAAAAUGGCUAUAAAGAGUGUGGCGGCAGUCUUCAGGUCUCUGGCGUCUCUGGAGAAGACGGUAGAAAAGUGUCACAUCGAGCUGGACAAGCGAAAGGAUCGACUUACCUUCACGCUGCAUUGCAAACACGGUCUCUUGAAGACGCACAACCUGUCUUUCCAGGACAGUGAGAGCUUGCAGGCGGUGUUUGAUAAGGACAACAGUGCCAACACGUUUCGAGCCAAUCCUAAGCUGCUUGUGGACACAGUUGUGCAUUUCCCUCCAUCCCUGGAGGAAGUGACUCUUUCAGUCAGUGAUGAAAGAAUGUGGUUUAGGAACCAUGUGGAUGAAGAGCAGUCCAAGGCCAUGCUGACGGAGCUGUGUCUGGCCUCUGAUGAGUUUGACCAUUUUGCCGUCCAAACUCACAACAGCAUCACUUUCUGUCUGAAAGAAUCACGGGGUCUGUUACUUUUUGCAGAGUCGACAGGUCUCCCUAUUUCUAUGUACUUUAAUGAGCCGGGCAGCCCUCUCGUGCUCUCGGUGACUGACAGCGUCCUGGAGGGCAACUUUGUGCUGGCCACACUUUCAGACGACAAGAGAAACACCACAAAAAGAGGGAGCUCCCCACCGCCGCUUCCUCCUCCCGACGACUUCAUGAACGACGACAUGGACGCCUACCUCAUCGCCAUGGAUACCAGCAUCGCACCGGGUCCUGCUGAAACUGACCCUACCGUUUCUAAACAGCACAAUAUAGCCAAUCAGAGGUCAAGACUGCACGGUCAAGAGGAGGAGGAAACGGCAGAAGAAGAUGCACCACCAAAUAAGAAGUUCUGUUCCCUGCUCUUCGGCUCAGUGCUUCCUCCAUCCUCUCAGACCACCACUCAGCCGAUGAGCGGCCAAGAGGUUCUGGCCAGUGACAGUGAAGACGACACUUAGGUAGACCGAUCGAUGGAGGAUAAAAAAAAUGUGUUAUUAUAAGUCGUCAACUUUGCAUUUCUUUUUUUUAUUUUAUUUUGGAGAAAAUAACGCUAACAGCAACCACCAUGCAUGAGUGUAAAAAAAAAGUUAUCUCCUUUUUUUAUUAUUAUUAUCAUUGGUCUACAGCAGGCCUGGGCAAUUAUUUUGACUCGGAGGCCACAUUUAGAGAUAAAAAUGUGUC